CGCCUAGCGGAGCUGAGAGUGUAGCUAAGAAAAGAAACCAUGGAGAAUACUGAAAACUCAGUGGAUGCAAAAUCCAUUAAAAGUUUAGAAACAAAGAUCAUACAUGGAAGCAAAUCAAUGGACUCCGGAAUAUUCUUGGAUGGCAGAUACAAAAUGGAUUAUCCUGAAAUGGGUCUCUGUAUAAUAAUUAAUAAGAACUUUCAUAAAAGUACUGGAAUGACAGCUCGAUCUGGUACAGAUGUAGAUGCAGCAAACAUCAGAGAAACAUUUAUGAACUUGAAAUACGAAGUGAGAAAUAAAAAUGAUCUUACCAGUGAAGACAUUAUGGAAUUGUUGUACAAUGUUUCUAAAGAAGAUCAUAGCAAAAGGAGCAGCUUUAUUUGUGUAAUUCUAAGCCAUGGUGAAGAAGGAAUAAUUUUUGGAACAAAUAGACCUGUUGACCUGAAAAGAUUAACAAAGUUCUUCAGGGGCGAUCUUUGUAGAAGUCUAGCUGGAAAACCCAAACUUUUCAUUAUUCGGGCUUGCCGGGGUACGGAACUGGACUGUGGCAUUGAGACAGAUGGUGGUUUUGAUGAUGACAUGGCAUGCCAGAAAAUGCCAGUAGGGCCCGACUUUCUGUAUGCAUAUUCCACAGCACCAGGUUACUAUUCCUGGAGAAAUUCAAAGCAUGGUUCCUGGUUCAUUCAGUCACUGUGUGCUAUGCUGAAAUUAUAUGCAUACAAGCUGGAGUUUAUGCACAUUCUCACUUGGGUUAACUGGAAGGUAGCGACAGAAUUUGAGUCCUUUUCUCUUGAUUCCACUUUUCAUGCAAAGAAACAGAUUCCGUGUAUUGUGUCCAUGCUCACAAAAGAACUGUACUUUUAUCAGUAAAAAAUGGUUGACUUAUUUUAAGUUUGUAUGUUAAGUGAGGA